AUGGAAGUAUCAUUCAAUACCUGCCAAAAUGAUGGACACCAGUGGAAUUUUACUGACUUAAUUGAAAAACGCAUUCGACCGAGUGAAGUACUUUUAUGGAGUUCAAGUGUUGAAAUGGCUGAUAAAUAUGCAAGUAUCUUCUACAAUUCUUCGAUAUAUUUUGAUGAAAACUGCUUUCUCUGCCAAUGUACGAAGUCGGGUACUUUUGGCAAAUUUUGUGAGUACCAACUGACACACGAAUCUAAGUCUUUUGAAGCAGCUAUUGAUGCGCAGUUCGAACAGAAGAAAAGUGAUCAAUGGGGUAUUCAAGAGUAUGGUGCCAUUAUCUGCUACAAAACUCUCAAAAUGUCAGAUUGCGUUUAUGGGUUGCUCUGUUUAGAUUGGCGAGAUAUCUGUGAUACACAUCAACAAUGCAUGGAUGGGCUUGAUGAAGAGAAUUGUGAUAAAUUGGAAUUUAACGAAUGUGAAGAGGAUGAAUAUCGUUGCACAAAUGGAAUGUGUAUCGCAGAAGAGUACUGGCUUGACGGUAAGUAA